UCUCACAAUUUUUAACUAUAAUCAAUGAUCGGAUCCAUCUUCUUUUCUCAUUUCUCGCCAAAAAAAAAAAUAUACAAAAUUCCGUUCGAAAUGGCUCGCACCAGAAAUCUGAUAGUAAUAUAUGCAGCCAUCUUUCUCUUAUGUGCCACCAACUCUGUUCAGGCAAUACCGUACGGGUUCAUAGAGAAAUAUAUCUGUCCUGAUUCUCCCGACAUUGGCUUCUGUCUUGAGGCCUUUGGAAAAGACCCGAAAGUGCUAGAAGCAGACAGCCUUUUACUGACCGAGGUUCGAGCCCUCGAGAUCGGUAUCGACAAGAUCCUCGACACUCUCAGCUACAUCUACCUGAUCCGAGGAGACAUAGCCGAUGGCAUAGGUCAGGGACGGAUCAAUGCAUGUACGGAGAAUUACAAGACGGCGGAGAAACAGUACCGUACGGCAGUGGAACAGGCGAAACAGGAGAAACUCAACGAGAUGCUGAAUUCCGUACAGGAGGCCAAGAACUCCAUGUUCGAAUGCGAGAAUAUCUACAAGAGCAAUCCCAUCAAACCCUCUCCCAUUGAAGACUACACUGAAAAGGCCUUGACCAUGACCGAGAUCGUUUCCAUCAUCUACAAGAUAAUCAUGGACGGUUGAUUAUCUUAUCUCCUUAGG